GUAGUUAGAGCCAGCGAAGUGCGGGCGGCGAUGAGAGCCAAAGUUGCGCUCGGUUCGGCGCUGGGGGCUUGAGGCGGCUCGGCGCUCCGCCCGUCUGGGCCUCCCCCGGCCCCAGCGCGUGCCGCUGGGCUCCCGCGCGCCCGCCAGCCCGCCCGGCCCCGCGCCCACCCGCGCCCCCUGCCCGGCCGGCGCCCGCUCCCCGCGAGCCGGGGUCCCCGCCGCCGUCGCCCGGCCCCGGGCCCCGCCGAUGCCGGCCAUGGUGGAGAAGGGCCCCGAGGUCUCAGGGAAGCGGAGGGGCAGGAACACCGCGGCCGCCGCCGCCUCGGCCGCCGCCUCGGCUGCCUCCGCCUCGGCCGCCGCCGCCGCCGCCGCCGCCUCGGCCGCCGCCGCCUCCGCCUCGGCCGCCGCCACCUCGGCCGCCGCCGCCCCCAAUAAUGGCCAGAAUAAAAGUUUGGCGGCGGCGGCGCCCAAUGGCAACAGCGGCAGCAACUCCUGGGAGGAAGGCAGCUCUGGCUCGUCCAGCGACGAGGAGCACGGUGGCGGCGGCAUGCGGGUCGGACCCCAGUACCAGGCGGCCGUGCCCGACUUCGACCCCGCAAAACUGGCAAGGCGCAGUCAAGAACGGGACAAUCUUGGCAUGCUGGUCUGGUCGCCCAAUCAGAAUCUGUCCGAGGCAAAGCUGGAUGAGUAUAUCGCCAUCGCCAAGGAGAAGCACGGGUACAACAUGGAGCAGGCCCUUGGGAUGCUCUUUUGGCAUAAGCAUAAUAUUGAAAAAUCAUUGGCUGAUUUGCCCAACUUUACCCCCUUCCCAGAUGAGUGGACUGUGGAAGAUAAAGUCUUAUUUGAGCAAGCCUUUAGUUUUCAUGGGAAAACUUUUCAUAGAAUCCAGCAAAUGCUUCCUGAUAAAUCUAUAGCAAGUCUGGUGAAAUUUUACUACUCUUGGAAGAAGACAAGAACCAAAACCAGUGUGAUGGAUCGCCAUGCCCGGAAACAAAAGCGGGAGCGAGAGGAGAGUGAGGAUGAACUGGAAGAAACAAAUGGAAGUAACCCCAUUGACAUCGAGGUUGAUCCAAACAAGGAAAGCAAAAAGGAGGUGCCUCCUACUGAGACAGUUCCUCAGGUCAAAAAAGAAAAACAUAGCACACAAGCUAAGAAUAGAGCCAAAAGGAAACCUCCGAAAGGCAUGUUUCUGUCCCAAGAAGACGUUGAGGCUGUUUCUGCCAAUGCUACUGCUGCUACCACGGUGCUGAGACAGCUGGACAUGGAGUUGGUUUCCAUCAAACGACAGAUUCAGAAUAUUAAACAGACGAACAGUGCUCUCAAAGAAAAGCUUGAUGGUGGAAUAGAGCUGUAUCGACUUCCAGAGGUCAUACAGAAGUGCAACGCCCGCUGGACCACAGAAGAGCAGCUACUGGCUGUACAAGCCAUCAGGAAAUAUGGCCGAGAUUUUCAGGCAAUCUCAGACGUGAUUGGGAACAAGUCAGUGGUACAGGUGAAAAACUUUUUUGUAAAUUAUCGACGCCGCUUCAACAUAGAUGAAGUUUUGCAAGAAUGGGAAGCAGAACAUGGUAAAGAGGAGACCAAUGGACCCAGUAGCCAGAAACCUGUCAAGUCCCCAGACACAGCUCUCAAGCUGCCUGAAGAGGAAGAGGAGGCUGCUUCUGUCCUUGAUGUCAGAUACGCAUCCGCCUCAUGAGAAAUGCUGAUAACUCUGAACACUUGGUAUGGACUACAUGUUACCCAGGAUAUCAGGUAUUAUGAGACAUCACCUAGCCAUCUGCAUCACAUCUCUGUGGACAAGCAGCUAUUACCAAAAAGGCAUACACUUCCAGUCCUGUGCUACAUCUGCCUUAAUUCUUUGCUCGUUCCUCCCCAUUGGCGCCACUUCCCAGAGAGCUCCGUCGCAUCUCUCCCUCUGCCUCAGUGCCAGGGAAUCCACGGCCUGCAUACCUCCCUCAACUCUGGGGCUCACCCCCCAAGCGGAGUCCUUGAGCCCCACCGAUGGCAGCUCUUCUCAGUCAGCAGCUUCAGAACAGGUAGUCUUGGAAGGCCCGACUCUGUUCCUGCAUGGCCUGCAGUUUCUACUUUGUGCAUAAUGUAAUUUUCAGAGUUACUGACCCUGUUGGCCUUCGAGAAAGUUUCUCUUCCUCUCUUCUGGGGCAACCACCUAAGUAAAGUCAAGCUUCUUUAGAAAUCACAAUGUAUCGGCAGACUGCAGCGCAGCCUUUAUUGUGCCAAGCAUCUGGAUGCACCUCCUGUUUCCUAAAUGCAGGGUAGAGUUACAGUUUCCAGUUUAGUCAACUUAAAUCACCCUCCUUUCUCCCUUCCCCAGUGAUCAAAAGCUCACUCAGAGCAGCUCUCCUUGGACACUGUGGCUUAAAGGGAAUGUGGGCCUCAGUGCUUUCUGCCUUUAGCUCUCAGCAUUACAGUCCCAGGGUGGUGCACCCAUCUUCUCCUGACCCCGACCCCACCACCACUGCCGCCACAGCCCUGAGCGGUUCGGUCCAUAUCACUGUACCUGGUGCUCGUACAUUUGGAACUGGUGCCUUCUCCUUUUGGCAACCAUGUUAUCGAUCCCUUUUCUGUUCAAGUGUCUUAUUUAAAGUUUAUUGCUUGCCAAAGAUGACAUCAUUGAGAUAGGAGACAGGGAGAGCUUCUGCAGAUUCCAACAGAGUGCAGAUUUUGAACGUCACGAUUAGCUCAUUAAAGCAUAUUAGAAUAACUGGUGAUGGUUUUAUAGAAGCUACAUACGGUUUGUUCCUGUCCUCCUGGUGUGCCUGGCCUGUUGUGUGUCACUUCAUGUGUCCUUUUAUGUCCUUUGUGUACUGAUAUGAUCACACAAACACCAUCCCUUCUCUUUUAAUAGCAGAGUACAGCACAGAGAAGUGAUCAGUGGAUUGGUCUAGUAAGACCAAGAUGAAAAGAAAAUCUUGGUAUGUAAUGCCUUUUGUUGGACUGGGAGCAAGUACAGUUUUCUAGGGAAUGUUCUGUGACUUCCGGAGCCACCUUGGUUCUCCCCCAGACCGUGGGCCUGCUGAGGCUUGGGGCUCUGGCAGCCAGGCGCAUUCCAGCACCCACAGCCAGCCAGCCCUUCUGCACUAACAUGUGGAGGUAGCUUCUGUUGUUGUUUGCAUCCUUCGAAUACUUUUUUCUGCUUUUAAUACCAAAAAGAAAAAAUGCAGAUGCUUUAAGGCAUAAACAGAAUUCUUAAGAAUUUAAAAUAUGCAAUUAAAAUUUGAUGUGUUUUGAUUCCCAAGCACCUUGCCUUUUUUUUUUUUUUUUUUUUUAAGUCAACCGUUCUUCUCUUUAGGAAGAGGUUCAGCUAGAAACCUAGGUUUAAAGGUUUGUAUGUUCUUUUUGAGACGUCUGAGGGAAGGUCAUUCCAGAGGGAGUGCGGGAGCUUUCCUGGUCCUGUCCCUUGCCAGGCGUCUGUUGGGCAUGGCCUGCUGUGGUGCCUGCCUUCCUGUCUGGAGACAGGCAGCACUGACACCAGCACUGAGUCCUUUUCAUACGCCUGCUGUGUGUUUGGAGGUGGCAGAAAGCACAGGGCCAGUCAGCCUGCACUCUGCACCGUGUCUGCGGGACCUGAGGCACUUGCUGAAGCCGGCUGCUCUCGCCACCCUCCGCACUCCCACCCAAGCAGAAGUGGUAGGCAGUGGCUGCAGUGGCGCUUUCUUUCUCCAUGUCGAGGCUGUCCUAAAGAGUUGGUCUCUCCUGGCAAUGACUAGAAGGAUAGUAACCCUUAGAUGGCAUGCAGGCAGAAUGACAGUGUCCCCUUACUUGGUUCCUGGGACUGAGUGGCCUCCAUCCCUGGAGAGUCAAACACUGGUGCACUUGUAAUCUUAGCAACUGAAUUUGGGCUCUUUCUCCAAGGGAAAGGGCGUGUUGUUUUCAUUUGACAGAGAAAGGACAGUCUGCCCAGCUGCCUGCCAUCGCUGCAGUGAAGAUAUAGCACUGUGUCUUUAACAUUUUUCAUUACGCUGUCUUUGCAAUUAUGUAAAUGCAAGAAAUCACUUAGCUUUCAAAGCUGCGUGGUGUGGUCUUAUUUAUGUGAAGACUUAACAUAUCAAGAAUUAGGUGCAUUGGCAGGUUGGGUUUGGGACGUAAUAACUGCUUCAGAUGGAAUGUCACUUAAGUUUUGUGUUCUUAAAAAUUAUCAAUGUGAAUGUCAUAAUUAUAUAUAUUUUUGUGGAAAAUUUCUCCUAAGUAUAAGUUAUUGUGCAAAACAUAGUAUCAUGGACACAAAUAAUAGUUUAACUUUUAGUUUAGAAAUCCUAAAAGAUAUAAAUUGUAUUGCAUAUGCAUUAAAAGUUUGUUUUAUUUAAUUUUAUGUAGAUGUGUAAAAUGUUAGGUAAGAAUUUUUUUCACUUAUCCAUUUAGACACCUUGUUACUUGAAUAAUGUGUUGGCUGGUCAGCAGCAGUGACUCUAUAACAUAGUUCUUUCAACCGAGAAGUAACCAGGCCUCAGUUGUGUGAUGAGCUUAGUAGUGGUACAGUCCAGGCGGGAGCUGGUGUUGCAGGAACCCCAGGUUAGCGUGGGACACCUGCUGGGUUGUCUUGGUGUGUGUGUGUGUUGAGACACCCCUUCCUUUUAGUAGUUUUUGGUAGUUUUUAACCUGUAAGAUCCAUUGAUGGGCACAAGCCUCUAAUCCAAAAACAAAAGUGAAAAAGUAGUUUUGAAAGUCUGCUGUGGUUGGGUGUGGUGGCGCAUGCCUGUAAUCGCAGUGGCUUGGGAGGCUGAGGCAGGAGGAUCAUGGGUUCAAAGCCAGCCUCAGCAAAAAAGCGAGGCCCUAAGCAACUCAGUGAGACCCUGUCUCUAAGUAAAAUACAAAAUAGGACUGGGGAUGUGGCUCAGUGGUUGAGUGCCUCUGAGUUCUAUCCCUGGUACCCCCGCCACACACACACACACACACACACACACACACACACAAGCUUACUGUGGUGAACUAAGCUCUUUUCUGUUUAGGUAAAAUUUCCUCAAAUAUCAUAUACCACUCUUAAAUAUGUUCAUUGUCACUGUAAAUUUCAACUAUACCCUAUUUUUGGCUUUCUGAGCAUCAGAUAUACUAUUGGUAUAACUGCACACCAAAAAUAAGCCAGCGGUGCUUUUACGCUAGCUGGAUCCCUGCUUUUACCUGAGAAAAGGAAAGAUGGAGCCAAGUCCACUGGGGGCCUCUUUUUCCCUCUCAAGCCUGUUUCAAAACCUGUGACCCAGGAGUCAAGCUUUUAGUAUCAAGUGAACUUUGCUACGGGUUGACUCAAGGUAGCCCGGUCUCCGAAUCUAGUGACCUUGUGCAGUGCCCUUCCGCCACCCCCAGGAUCUCUGCAGCCUUUCCUAAUUGUAGUGAAGCACAAUUCCAGUAACGUUAAGUCAGAGCAAGGAAGGUCAGGACAGUCUAUGCAUGUUGUAAAAUAAUGAGUGUUUACAGCCACCUUCUCCUGAAACAAAAAUUUAUACUGGAGUGGAUAGUAUUCCAUUAUGUAGACUUACAACUUUGCUAAGUGCUUUUUAGAUUGCUUAAAAUUUUUUCAAGAUUUUAAAAGAUGUAUAAGGUUAAGUGUGCAAAUAUAAUGGAAAUGCUGUAUAUCUUUUGAAGUGAUAAAAUCCAUGUUGGAAUUUUAAAGAAAAUAUGUUGUGAUAAUGCUGUUGUAAGUAAUAUUUUCAUGUCUCUUUUUGCCUGUUUUCUAUUUCAGCACAUUCAUUGUGGUGAAUGUUCAUAGCAUUAUAAUUGCUUAGCCAUUGAAUGAUAAUUUGUUAGUGGAAAUUGGAAGAUUUAUUUGUGAAAUUCUGCAGAAUUCAUUUUUCUAUUUCCAAUAUUUGCUGAAGUUAAAUAAAAAUUUUCAAGCCAUUGAUGUAAUAAAAUAUGAAA